AUGGCAUCCCAACCUGACGAACACAAGAAGAAGGUCAACUUGACCGACCCUUCCGGCGCCGACAUCAAGCACGAGGAUGCUACGGCGACGGCAAUUCUUAAGAAGAAGAAGAAACCCAACCAACUGAUGGUGACGGAUGCCGUCAAUGAUGACAACAGCAUCAUCGCCUUGUCCGAGGCCACCAUGAACACUCUUGAGCUCUUCCGAGGCGACACCGUCCUCGUACGAGGCAAGAAGAGGAAGGACACGGUGCUGAUCGUCCUGGCUGACGAUGAGCUCGAUGACGGCAGCGCCCGCAUCAACCGUGUCGUCCGCCACAACCUCCGCGUCAAGCACGGCGACAUGAUCACCAUCCACCCUUGCCCCGAUAUCAAAUAUGCCAAGAGAAUCGCCGUUCUACCCAUCGCCGACACCGUCGAGGGCAUCACCGGUUCCCUCUUCGAUGUUUUCCUCGCCCCCUACUUCCGCGAGGCGUACCGGCCCGUUCGCCAGGGUGAUUUGUUCAUCGUCCGAGGUGGCAUGAGACAAGUCGAGUUCAAGGUCGUCGAGGUCGACCCCCCGGAAUACGGCAUCGUUGCUCAGGACACCGUCAUCCAUUGUGAAGGCGAGCCUAUUGAGCGAGACGAGGAAGAGAAUAACCUGAACGAGGUCGGCUACGACGACAUUGGCGGCUGCCGCAAACAAAUGGCGCAGAUCCGCGAGAUGGUUGAGCUGCCGCUCCGCCACCCGCAGCUCUUCAAAUCGAUCGGCAUCAAGCCCCCCCGCGGUGUCCUCCUCUACGGUCCUCCCGGUACCGGCAAGACGCUCAUGGCGCGCGCUGUCGCCAACGAGACCGGUGCCUUCUUCUUCCUCAUCAACGGUCCCGAGAUCAUGUCCAAGAUGGCGGGCGAGUCCGAGUCCAACCUGCGAAAGGCGUUCGAGGAGGCCGAGAAGAACUCCCCCGCCAUCAUCUUCAUCGACGAGAUCGACUCCAUCGCCCCCAAGCGAGAGAAGACGAACGGCGAGGUUGAGCGUCGUGUCGUUUCCCAGCUGCUGACGCUCAUGGACGGCAUGAAGGCCCGCUCCAACGUGGUCGUCAUGGCUGCCACCAAUCGCCCCAACUCCAUCGACCCCGCCCUUCGACGAUUCGGCCGUUUCGACCGCGAGGUCGACAUUGGCAUUCCCGACCCUACGGGCCGUCUCGAGAUCCUCCAGAUUCACACCAAGAACAUGAAGCUUGGCGACGAUGUCGACCUGGAGCAGAUCGCGGCCGAGACCCACGGCUACGUCGGCUCCGAUGUUGCCGCCCUCUGCUCCGAGGCCGCCAUGCAGCAGAUUCGUGAGAAGAUGGACCUCAUCGACCUCGACGAGGAUAAAAUCGAGGCCGAGGUCCUCGAUUCGCUCGGCGUCACCAUGGAGAACUUCCGCUUCGCCCUUGGCGUGUCCAAUCCGUCGGCCCUUCGCGAGGUCGCCGUCGUCGAGGUUCCCAACGUCCGCUGGGAGGACAUCGGUGGUCUCGAGGGUGUCAAGCAGGACCUCCGCGAGAGCGUCCAGUACCCUGUGGACCACCCCGAGAUGUUCCUCAAGUUCGGCUUGUCUCCUUCUCGGGGCGUGCUGUUCUACGGUCCUCCCGGUACGGGUAAAACCAUGUUGGCCAAGGCCGUCGCCAACGAGUGUGCCGCCAACUUCAUCUCCGUCAAGGGCCCCGAGCUUCUCAGCAUGUGGUUUGGUGAGUCCGAGAGCAACAUCCGCGACAUCUUCGACAAGGCUCGCGCCGCCGCGCCCUGCGUCGUUUUUCUCGACGAGUUGGACUCGAUCGCCAAGGCCCGCGGCGGCUCCGUCGGCGACGCCGGUGGUGCUUCCGACCGUGUCGUGAACCAGCUCCUGACCGAAAUGGACGGCAUGACGUCGAAGAAGAACGUCUUCGUCAUCGGUGCCACCAACCGUCCCGAGCAGCUCGACCCGGCCCUGUGCCGCCCCGGCCGUCUCGACUCGCUCAUCUACGUGCCCCUUCCCGACGAGCCCGGCCGUCUCGGCAUCCUCAAGGCGCAGCUGCGUAAGACCCCCGUUGCCUCGGAUGUCGACCUCGGAUACAUUGCCAGCAAGAGCCACGGCUUCUCCGGUGCCGAUCUGGGCUUCAUCACCCAACGUGCCGUCAAGAUUGCCAUCAAGGAGGCCAUCACGCACGAUAUCGAACGCUUGAAGGCUCGCGAGGCGGCCGGCGACAACAUGGACGUCGACGAUGAGGAUGUCGAGGAUCCCGUUCCCGAGCUGACCAAGGCUCACUUCGAGGAGGCCAUGCAGAUGGCUCGCAGGUCGGUCACCGAUGUAGAGAUUCGCCGAUACGAGGCCUUCUCCCAGCAAAUGAAGAAUGCAGGCCCCGGUGCUUUCUUCAAGUUCCCUGGCGAGGGCAACGAUGGCCAGACCGGCGGCGAUGCCGGCAACGGUUUCGGCGAUGCCGGCAACGACGACGAUCUCUACGACUGA